AUGCUUAUAUCAACUUAUAUCAAGAGCAUUAAGCACGAUAGCAAACUUAAGCAGAUUUUUAGCUUGAAAAACCUGUUCUCUGAGGAUAAUAUUGCUAUCAAUGUAUUUGAUAUUGAAAAUAAAUCAACAAAGUAUGUUUUUGAUAUUAGGACAAAUAGUAAGUUGUGGAAGAAGGAGUAUGAGAAUAUUUUACUAAAACUAGAAGUUGAUUUAAAUGCACAGGUUUUUAAUAAUUUCUUUAGCUCAAAUUACAACCCAUAAAUAUAUGAACAAAAAGGUUUUUAGUUUGUUAAAAAUUAAAAUGAAGAGUUACUCAUUGGUAGAUGGCUUUAUCCUGUAUUAAGCUUGAUGGCUUUUAUAAAAAUGACCUUGACAGCUGUUUAUUUUUAUUAAUAAAAUAAAUUUCAAGACUUAAAGGAUAUUUUUUAUUUGGUUAUCCUUUCGUUAUUUUAUAUAAAUCUUACAUGGAUUUUGAGUAAGACUUUAGGAAACUACGAUUUGAGGCGUAAAACAGUCAUGCUAAGACUAUUGAAUGAUUAACUAGUUAUGAGUGGUGCAGAGAUAGACUAUCACUAAAAGUUAGAUGUACUUUCAGUCAGGAGCUUAGAAACUUGGGAUAACGUAAGAAGGGCUGUUUUGGAAUUUUUUAAAUUCAAAUAAUAAAGUUUAGAAGCUUGCUAUGUGUGUUUAUUUUUCUAUUAUUUAUUUGUUGGCAUAGCAUGUUUAACAGCUUAUGGAGAUAUUUACAUUUUCCUAUCCAAAAAUUCUAUCUAUCUAGAUCCCAUAAUGAUUAUAUCGAAUACAAUGGAUUUUAUUAUCCUGAACAUCAUUCUAUUUACAAGAAUAUAUAAUGGAUAAAAAUUUAAUAAUACUUUUUCAGAAACAGAUGACCAACUAGAUUCAAUAAUUGGAGUAGUAGAAGACCUUCUAUAGAUAUAUGAUUAUUAUUUCAAUAAAUCCCUAGAUGGUGAACCUAUUGAUGAAAAGUUGUACUUUGAAUUAGCAUUUCGAUCAGAUUAAAAACUGAAUGUGAGCUAUCUACCUUUAUAGUCCCCUAAAAAACCUAGCUCACCUAACCCAUUUAAUGUUCCUUCUUAGAGCUAUAUAGAUUAAGUCAUUGAUUUAAAUAAGGUAGAGUCUUCUAAUAUAGAUGCACUACAGAUACUAGCACCUAAAAUCAAAUCAAAUGUUUCAGAAGUCAGAAGUGAAUAUGGAUCUCGUCCAUCACAUAAUACAGAAAAAACUGAAAGAUAAUAAAAUGAUAGUUUUUAAUCAUUUGAUAAUCCUCCUGAUUUUUAUACAAUUUAUGACAUUUUUGUAGCUAAGAUUAAGUACAAUGCCAAGUUUACCAUUGAUGAAAAAAUAGAUUUUAUGGGUAAACCAUAUGAAUUGAAUUUUAUAAAAUAACUCCAAAUUGAAAUGCUAUAAAGUGCAUAUAAGACUCUCAAGAGAAUAAAAUAAUAAGUUGAAAUAGACUCAAAAACUUUUUGCUAUAAAUUCUUAGGAUUGAUUAAAGUAGAGUAUCAAGAAACUCUUAUAACAGUAGUUUUAGCAAUUCUAACUGUGAUGCCAUAAAUUUUAACUAAACUUAUUAAUAUUUUUAAAUAAAAUGAGUGA